CAAAAGGAGUAGCAUCCCUUUGUUUGCACACAACAAAAGACCCCACGUCUUUUUAAUAAACUAACAAUGUAAACACUCAUAUUAUUGUUGUAACAAAUUAUAUAUUCUUUAAAUGUGAACUAAUCAAGUUGUGACAUGAAAACUUUAUUAUACAAAUACAAAUACAUUGGUCCCAUCCGUCUCGUAUUAGCGAAGAGAUGAAUUAACAGUGCUCAAAAACGGUGCGGUGUAAGCGAAUACUGGAGAAAUCGAGAUCAGGAUUCAGAUACUAAUGGCUUCUCUGAUCUCGAAUCAUGAAUCCACGAUGAUUCCAAACCCUAGCUUCUCAGAUUCCUCGAGGAAGAGUAGUAAGAAGAAGAAACCGUCUGCCAUGUCGUCCCGGAGAAGCGCCGCUGGAGAAGGUGAAAACCACGUCCGAUGGAGAUCCGAUAAGCAACAGCGGAUCUACUCCGCCAAGCUGAUCCAGGCGAUGCGACAGGUCCGUCAAAACUCCGCAACAUCGCCGACGGCGACGCGGCGGAGCAAGGCCGUCCGAGAAGCCGCCGAUCGCGCUCUCGCCGUCGCCGCUCGCGGAAGGACGAUCUGGAGCAGAGCGAUUCUGGCGAACCGGAUCAAGCUGAAGUUCCGGAAACAGAAACGGCCGAGACCGACGGUGGCGACGGUGGUCCACGCCUCGAGUGAACGGCCGAGAAAGGUGAGAGUGUCGGUGGUGAGGCUGAAGAGGAAGAGUUUGCCGGCGGUGCAGAGAAACGUGAAGGUGCUGGGAAGGUUGGUUCCCGGUUGCCGGAAACAGACGUUGCCGGUGAUUCUGGAAGAAGCGACGGAUUACAUACAGGCACUGGAGGUGCAAAUCCGCGCCAUGAGUACUCUCGCGGAGCUUCUGUCCGGUUCAACCUCCGGCUCGGCUCUUCCGCCGAGCUGAUGAGGGGUAGAACCGUCAGUUCACUAUCAUUCUUCUGUUAGUCCCCUCCCUCUCUAUAUAUAUACCAGGUGCUGUGUAAGUCUCUCUCUCUGAAUAUAUAUAAAUUUUGAACGAUUUGAUUGCAUUUUUGCUUGGGAUUUUGAGCUGGAAAAUUUACAUAAUAAAUGAUUUAUAGUUUUGUACAUUCUCUCCAGAAAUAGCGGGGUGACCUUUGUGAACCUCCCUCUUCUUCUUCCUUCAUCUCUGUCAUGUUUAUGGACUGUAAACCUUUUUUGUCUGUCUGUGAUAUGUUUAUGUAAUCGGUUGCAGGCGUUGUUCAUCGUCAAUGUUACUGGAAAAAAGAGUCAUUGCCAUACAUUUGAAAUGGCGUAUA